UCUCAGUCAGGGAGUCCCGGCAGCUGGCACAGCUGCUCCAGAGAACCCAGGCGUCCGGCCGGGCACCGCACUCGGCUCUCUGCAAGGCCAGGGCAGGCAGCGACCUCCUGGGGAGGGGCAGGGCCAUGGGGCGUUUGCCCGGGAGCUGGGACCCCCCCGCAUGGGGCGGCCCCUGGAAAGGGCUGCUGCUGGCAGCCUCCGUCCUGGGCUCCUGCCUCCAGCCGGCGCCGGCCCAGACCCAGACCCCAGUGACCAUCGUCAUCACCUCGCAGAGCCCCGCGGUGGGAGGGGACGUCAGUCUGGCCCCACAGCCACUGCCACAGGACGUCGUGUCCUGCACCUGGUACCGAUCAGCGACCAGCACUGAUGGAACCAAAGAGAUCUUCACCUACUACCCACAAACACCCGCUCAGACCCCCGGCCCGGCUCACACGGGGCGGGAGACAGCGGGGCCGGGCUGCGUCCUGAACAUCGCGGGGUUAACGCUCAGCGACACCGGGAACUACACGGUGAAGAUAGAUAUCCCUCCUAACCGUGUCCUCGCCACGGUGGUUCUGUGCGUCUAUGAAAAGCUUGCCAAGCCCACGGUGACGCCCGGCCAAACCCAGGUGCCUGAGAAUGGGACCCUCACCCUCACGUGCAACACUUCCCCCCGCGCCGAUGCCGUGCUCUGGCUCCAGAACGGGUCGUACCUCACACCCAACACGCGGCUGGAGCUGUCCUCGGAGAACCGGACCCUCACGGUGCUGAAUUUCACCUGGGGCGACACCGGGACCUACCAGUGCGAGGUCGGGAACCCCAUCAGCACCAACCGCAGCGAGCCCAGCACCGUGACGCUGGCCUAUGGGCCAGAAUCCGCCAGGAUAGACCCUCCAGGACCCGUCAACCUGACUCUUGGGUCCCGUCUGACCCUGACGUGCAUCGCCGACUCUGUCCCAGCCCCGAGCUAUUCCUGGUUUCUCAACGGCACCAAAUUACCCCAGACCGGGAGCAGCUUCACCUUUGACCUGACAACAUUAAAUCUGGGCACGUACAAGUGCCAGGCUCACAACCCUGUCACUGGCCUCACGGCUAGCGCGGAGAUCGAGGUGCUGGAAAAGCUUGCCAAGCCCACAGUGACGCCCGGCCAAACCCAGGUGCCUGAGAAUGGGACCCUCACCCUCACGUGCAACACUUCCCCCAGCGCCGACACCGUGCUCUGGCUCCGGAACGGGUCGUACCUCACACCCAACACGCGGCUGGAGCUGUCCUCGGAGAACCGGACCCUCACGGUGCUGAAUUUCACCUGGGGCGACACCGGGACCUACCAGUGCGAGGUCGGGAACCCCGUCAGCACCAACCGCAGCGAGCCCAGCACCGUGACACUGGCCUAUGGGCCACAAUCCGCCAGGAUAGACCCUCCAGGACCCGUCAACCUGACUCUUGGGUCCCGUCUGACCCUGACGUGCAUCACCGACUCUGUCCCAGCCCCGAGCUAUUCCUGGUUUCUCAACGGCACCAAAUUACCCCAGACCGGGAGCAGCUUCACCUUUGACCUGACAACAUUAAAUCUGGGCACGUACAAGUGCCAGGCUCACAACCCUGUCACUGGCCUCACGGCUAGUGCAGAGAUCGAGGUGCUGGCUAAAGUAUCGGCUGCAGACUCCAACGGAGGCCUGCCACCCGGAGCCAUCGCCGGGAUCGUCAUCGGGUCGCUGGCCGGGGCGGCGCUGCUCGGGGGCCUGCUCUACUUCCUGCUCCGCAAAACUGGAGGGGGGCCCAAGCAGCGCCCGCCCGUCGGAGGCCAGGCCGCCCCUACCCCCAAUCAGGGCGUCUGUGACAACAAACCUACCUUGGGUGACGAAGACAUUCAGUAUUCUACACUCGCUUUCACCGCAGGAGACCAGAAGCCGCCGCCCGGGCCCGAGCCCCCCCGGGAGAGCGGCACUGUCUACUCGGAAAUCAGAAAGAAAUGACUGUGAUUUGCUUGGGACCUCGGGAAUCACUGCACACCCCCCCACCCCACCGCCCAGGAGAGCUUCUGCAGCACCCCCCCCCCAAUGCAGCACUCGCUGGGGGGCAGCUCUGGUCCCACCUACCCCCUGCUCACACCUACCCCCUCCCCACCAUGCAGGGUCACUGCCCACUGAGCACGUGUGUGAUACCCUCCCCGGGUGAGGGCUGUCAGGACUGAGGGGCUCUGGGAGGGGAGGGGGGUCUAGUGGUUAGAGCAGGGAGCUGGGAGCUGGGAACCAGGACUCCUGGGUUAAUCUCUGCUUUGCACAGGGGUCGGGGCUGGGGGGGGGUGCUGUGCAGAGGGGGAUAGUCUGUGUGUGGGGCUGAAGGAUAACAGCGACACCCCCACCCCAGGCCGCGCUGUUGGUGCUGCCUGGGGGUGAGGUGUGGAUCUGGGCAGCCCCGGUGCAGGGGUGAGGCAGUGCAGUCACCCCAUAGCAUCUCAGCCCAGAGCCCUGUGCCCCCCAGCUCCACCCCCAGCUCUCCGCAUCCCCAUCCCCGAGCCUCCCGCUGUCAGACAGUAUCCGAGGUGCAGGGCGGUUGUGCUGCUCAGGGGGGGGUGGGAUGAUGAUUGUGAGGGGCGGGGGGGGUGUCGCUCACAGCGGGUGGGACUGGCUGAUCGGGGUUUGUACCGUGAUUGACGCUGUUUGUAAUAAAACUAAAUGUCAAAACUGC